GUCACCUUUCUGGGCAUUGAAAAAUGUUUAGGGGCUGUCUAACAGUUUCCGUAAAUUAUAAUAUAGUACGCUUAUGUUAAAUUACUAUACGCUUAACAAGAUAAGCUACACCCAGUCAGAGACCUGCAGCAGAUCAGAGCAGUGAAAGUCCAGUCCCAUGAAGAUGGAUCAGGAGCCAGACCUCCUGGAAGAGGAUUCUCCUGUGCAGAAUGGAGUCACCCAGUCCAGCCCCACUCACUACAGCUCCAUCUCCCCACCCACGUCACCCGUCGCCCAGGAGGACGCCUUCUCCACCUACUUUGAGGAGAAGGUUCCUGUCCCGGAUGACGUCAACCAGAUAUUCAGUUUUCGGAAGCUGUGGGCCUUUACCGGACCUGGCUUCUUGAUGAGUAUUGCCUAUUUGGACCCUGGAAACAUUGAAUCAGAUCUUCAAUCUGGAGCCAAAGCUGGAUUUAAGCUCCUGUGGGUCCUCUUAGGGGCCACCAUCAUUGGCCUUCUCCUGCAACGAUUGGCUGCUCGCCUGGGCGUGGUCACAGGCAUGCACUUAGCAGAGGUCUGCCACAGACAGUACCCUACUGUGCCUCGUAUCAUCCUGUGGCUGAUGGUAGAGCUGGCCAUCAUUGGCUCAGACAUGCAGGAGGUCAUUGGCUGUGCCAUCGCCUUCAAUCUUCUGUCUGUCGGCAGGAUUCCUUUGUGGGGAGGUGUUCUAAUUACCAUCAUUGACACAUUUGUGUUCCUCUUUCUCGACAAAUAUGGUUUGAGGAAACUUGAGGCUUUCUUUGGGUUCCUCAUAACUAUUAUGGCUAUCAGUUUCGGAUAUGAGUAUGUUUUGGUGGCUCCGGACCAGGGCGAGGUGUUGAAGGGCAUGUUUUUGCCGUAUUGUCAGGGCUGCGGUCCCGUGCAGCUGGAACAGGCUGUGGGAAUUGUGGGGGCCGUCAUCAUGCCUCACAACAUCUAUUUACACUCUGCUCUCGUUAAGUCUCGUCAGAUAGAUCGUGGUAACAGGAAGGAGGUGAAAGAGGCCAACAAAUACUUCUUCAUUGAGUCAGCCAUUGCACUGUUUGUGUCCUUCCUUAUCAAUGUCUUUGUGGUGGCUGUCUUUGCGGAGGCUUUUUAUGACAAGACCAAUGUAGAAGUGAACCAGAUGUGUAAUAAGACUGGAAGCCCACACACAGACCUCUUCCCACUCAACAACAGCACACUUGAAGUUGACAUCUACAAAGGGGGAGUAGUCCUGGGUUGUUUCUUUGGUCCGGCGGCCCUGUAUAUCUGGGCCAUCGGGAUUCUUGCGGCUGGACAGAGCUCUACCAUGACGGGAACCUACUCUGGCCAGUUUGUCAUGGAAGGUUUCCUUAACCUGCGCUGGUCUCGUUUCGCCCGGGUGCUCCUCACUCGCUCCAUCGCCAUCACCCCCACUCUCCUGGUGGCCAUCUUCCAGGAUGUACGGCAUCUGACAGGGAUGAACGACUUCCUUAACGUGCUACAGAGCAUGCAGCUACCGUUUGCCCUGAUUCCAAUCCUCACCUUCACUAGUCUGACGUCUUUAAUGAACGACUUUGCCAAUGGCUUGGCGUGGAAAAUUGGAGGAGGGGUGGUCAUUCUUUUGGUUUGUGCCAUAAACAUGUACUUUGUGGUGGUGUAUGUAACAGCCUUGAACAGUGUGGUAUUCUACGUCUUUGCUGCUUUCCUCUCCAUUGCCUACCUUGUCUUCGUAGGCUAUCUGUCUUGGCUGUGUCUGCUUGCCCUGGGUGUCCCAUGUCCAGAGAUCUGCAGCAGGGGUCCUUUGGGGUUGACUGCACAUACCGAUAUUUACCUGCUGAAUGACAUGAACGGUGAAGAGCUGGUGGAGAGAUAAAAAGAUAUUUGGAGUUUUUCGGGAUCAGCCCCAGACAAUUUGCCGUUGAACCGACUUGAAUUCAGGCCAGUAUGGUGCCACAGGCGCUCCUGUACCUAUGUGCCAGUACUAUAUAAGUGACCUUUCCUCUACAUUACUUGAGGUACAAGAUAGCACAUGCUUUAUGUCCAAUUUGCAGAGAGAAUAUAUGUAUAACUCAUCUGUUAUGAUGGCCAUAAUGGGUUUGAUAUAAUUGUUUCUGAUCAAGUAAUGCCAGUUAAGCUGAACUUGAACCUCAUACUGUCAUUGUCCACACCAUAUAGCAGAUAAUUAUCAAAAUGUCAAUAAGUAGAUUGUCAUUUGAAAUUAUUGGUUUGUUGAUCAAAUCAUGACUGAGAGUGUUUCAAAAAACAAAACUGGCUUGUUGAUGUUUAAUAUGUUGUAAUGUCUGUUACGGUGUGUAUAUGAUAUGCAUUCCUCUUGCAUAUUGCAGUUAAAAGUUUUCUCUUGAGAAAGUCAAAUUGAGAGCCUGAUUGUUGUGCUGCAAUACGUUUAGGGAACAAUCCAAAUGACAGAUGAGAUUCCAGGA